AUGUCGACUUCUAGACGUGGUAAAGACAAGAUCGUUUACAAAGGUUUCACCUACAGCUCUAAGCAGAACACAAAAUACUGGUACUGUUCCACUCUCAACACCUGCAAAGCUAAACUUCACCUGGACCAAACUCUGAAGAUAAUCGGGGCUUUUACUGAUCACAAUCAUCCCCCACCUUCCUUAGUGAGAUUAAGAAAUGACUACGACUAUGAAAUAUCAAGAUCAAGUCGGGGGAAAGAUUUAUUGAUAUUCAAAGGUUAUACUUAUAAUAGAUACAAUUACGAAGUUAUUAGAUCAAAGAAAGGGAAGGAUCUAUUGGUUUAUAAAGGUUUUACCUACUAUCUGCGACGAGCGACUAAGUUAUGGUACUGCUCCAUCCUCAAGAACUGUAAAGCGAGGGUCCGAAUGGAAAAUGCUAAGAUAGUGGAAGCCAACGAUCACCAUUCACACCCACCACCGAGGUUAUACCGAGCCCCGAUUAAGUUCAUGUUGUCUCGUAAUGGCGAGAGUCUCAUGAAGUUGGGGGAUUUUACUUUUACCAGAAUGCUGUUCACGGGUGGAACGUGGUGUUGGUCUUGUUACACUCACAACAACCACGGCUGCAAGGCCAGGGUGUACACCGAGCGACACAAGUUGAUAUACACCAAGAAUUACCACAACCAUCCACCGACUGAAUUUUUUGUAUGA